UUGUUUUGGCAGCCUUUAAAUGUACUAGGAUGGCAAAAAAGUUGAAAUAUUGUCGACCAGAACAGAUUUCGACAGAAAACUUCGCCGACUAAAGAUCCAUAAUUAUAUAAUGAUGAGUCAAACUGGGUACUUGUGUUAACGUGAUGGCACAUCGUCGAAAUAAGCUGGCGAAACACAAACUUCCGGCUAAACCUAAAGAAGUCGAACUGAGCAUAAAUAUCUGGGGCGAUCGUUUUCAACCAGAGGGAGGAAGAGGAAGUCGUCAUCAACUUGAAGAUUUUAAAGAUUUAUUGAAAGCCGCAAGGUUCCAAGUUGCGAACGCGCAGGAGCCAGUGAAUUCCCCGACUGGGAAUGCCAGAAUCAUUAACAUCCGGUUGAGGACGACGGAAUUGAGCAAAGCUAAAUUUUUUGAGCGAUUUCGACGACAAUGGUGUUCUUCUAUUUGCCAGCGUGGCGAUUCGUUCUGGAUGGAGUCAGAGACUCCCAAAGAUACUUUCAAAUACAGGACAGAUGAGACACGUCAAAUGGUUAGAGUUGCUUCCUUCAGCUUUGGAACAUUUACUACCCUUGGCACGUACGUACAGCACUGGUCGAAUGAACAAGAUUCUCUUGUCAUUCAAGAAGGAAGCAUUGAAAGCGAGUUUCAGCAUGACGUGGGAACCCUCGCGAUCUUCUUCUUCAAGCAAGGCGCCAUUGAAGGAUCUAAAGAAAUUAGAAUUGAAAUGGAAUACAGGCAGUUUGAAAAUUAUGUGGUCGUUGAUGAAAACCUUCCCAAUGGAAAGAUUAGCUUCUAUUUUCCCCUACAGUGGCCACCAAAAAUUUCCGAAGAGUUGACAAUCAAUGACCACACGACCUACGACCGCCUGACCCACUUCUUUGGGUGUAGUCGAGAAAUUCUGGGCUCCAGCUCGGUGUUAUGUUUAAACUUUCCUCUUAAAGAAAGAAUCCUUGCGCAAGAUGAGGCAGAUUCCCCUCUUGGAUUAAUGACUGGCCUUUCACGAAGAGGCUUUUCCCUUUGUUUCGCGAGUAUAAAGACAAAGUUCCCCCGAGGACCCACGGAGGUUCCAAGGAAACCAACGCUCUCUGACCCCAAAAUCAUGUACGCUUUAGAAUGUCUGCUCUCUCGAGGCUUUAAAGUUCGUGAUCGUGUUUCUCGAAAGUUUUACGACUUGUUACGAAACGCCACAGAUAGGUACGGCUCGCUCCAAGAAAAAAACCUCGUAUCUCCGGAGAAAGUUUGCAAAGCUCUGUACAGAUUGGUCAGCACUGUGGAGACGGAUCGAUUCUGCCCUCUGGAGCAUUACCUAGAGAGAUUGCUCUACGGAGACAUGUCACAUCUGACGGCAUUUGAAUUUGAGAUUCCGAGGCAUUACGUAUACGUACCUCGACUUAUCAUUACCCCCACUCAAGAUUACCUCCUGCCAGCAGAAUUGGUUGCAGAGAACCGUGUCAUCAGGGACUAUGGGCACGAGCAAGCGAUGCGAAUUGCAUUCCGGGAAGAAGACUUUUCUAAACUUUCAUCAACGCACCCAGAAGGUCUUAAACACGUCUUAAAUGAGCGCGUGGUAGAACUACUCUCUAAUGCCAUCCACAUUGCAGGGAGAAGGUUCGAGUUCUUGGCUUGUUCCAAUAGUCAGUUACGUGAUCAUGGUGCAUGGCUGUACGACAUAGAAGGACAGCACAGAGCGGCUGACAUAAGAGGAUCGCUUGGGCAGCUGAAUGAGAUGAGAUGUGUUGCCACCUAUGUGUCCCGCAUGGGUCAGUGCUUCUCGUCCACAAAGGAGGCGGUGACAGUCAGCAUUGAAGAGGGUUGUAGUGUGGAAGAAAUUCCAGAUAUAGAAGUAGAAUACAAAGAUGUGUAUUUUGAAUGUUGUGGCAACUUUAGAUCUGGAAAAUACACCUUCAGCGAUGGAGUUGGGAAAAUCAGUAAGGCCUUGGCCGAGAAAGUAGCAGACAGCCUCGGUUUGGAUCCUACGCCCUCAGCUUUUCAGAUUCGCUACGGUGGUUGUAAAGGAAUGCUGGCAAUAGAUCCCAGGCUUCCAAACGGAGAUAACCAGGAAAUCCUGCAGUAUCGUAAGAGUAUGCAGAAGUUUAACUCAAAGCAUUCUGCUCUGGAGAUCUGUGAGGCAACGAGGCCGAAUCUUUUGUACCUUAACCGACAAUGUAUCAUCCUGUUGAAUGGCCUCGGAGUUCCUGACGAGUCAUUUAUCAGUCUUCAAGACAGAAUGCUUCGUAGCCUGGCCUUAAUGUUACUGUUUGAAACGGUGGCACUGGAAACUCUUCAGCGGACCAACAUUCCAGGUGGUUUGAAAAUUACAGCCUUAUCACGCAGUGGUUUGAACGUUACCCGAGAACCGUUCUUCCGCUCUCUGUUGCUGGCCAUAUAUAAGAGUCGGCUGGGGGAUUUAUUACGAAGGGCCCGGAUUGCUAUCCCAGAAACCCAUGGCCGUCUUUUGAUGGGUGUCAUAGACGAGACUGGUUCUUUGGAAUAUGGUCAGGUUUUUGUUCGAUACUCAAAGCUGGUCAGUCAACCAGGAAAGCAGCUGAAGAUAUUGAGAGGCAAUGUGGUAAUAAGCAAGAAUCCUUGUUUUCACCCAGGUCAGUGUAAUGUACCGAAGUAAUUUGUUCUUAAAAGAAAUUUUGUUUCCGUUUCAAGUGUUCAAUUUGUUACAAUUCUCGUUGAGUCGAACCUGUUUCAAGCNNNAGGCAACCGACCUCACUCAGAUGAAAUGUCAGGUUCGGACCUCGACGGAGACAAGUACUUUGUCACGUGGUAUGACAGGCUGCUCCCACCUAAAGCAAAUGUAGAACCGAUGGACUUCACAUCGCCAGAGAAGAUGAAGGUUGAAAGACCCAUAGAAGUGUCUGAUAUGAUUCAGUUUGUGGCAGAAUAUAUAAAAAAUGAUCAACUUGGGAUUAUAGCAAAUGCUCAUCUUGUCCAUGCAGACCACGAUGAUAAAGGUGUAUUUUCGGACGCCUGUAUCCAACUGGCACACAUGCACUCGGAUGCCGUAGAUUUUCCAAAAACAGGGAAGUGUCCUUCUUUGCCCAAAGAUUUGAGGCCAGAUCAGUACCCAGACUUUAUGAUGAAAUCCGGGAAACCACGCUACAAUUCACAAAGAAUCCUGGGAAAACUCUUCCGAAAGUGUAAGUCCCUUGAUCGUGCCCAGCAGUUCUCAGCCGAAGCCUCUCAUACCCAGAUCAUCCCCGACCCAGACCUGAUCGUUCCAGGUUACGAGUAUUACCUUGAGGUGGCCAAAGAAAAGAGAAAUCACUACAACACCAAGCUUGAUGGGCUGAUGUCUUUAUACGGCUUGAGAAAUGAAGGAGAAGUGAUCACUGGCUGUCUUGUUAGAGUGAACACCCGUCUCGCUGGAAAAACCGAUGAAAAAUUUGAAGUAGCACAGAUGAUUCAAGCAAGUCUGUCUACUUUGCGUGCAAAAACACGACACGAUUUUUACGAUGAAUUCGGCGGAGAAGAUGAAGUGAUGGAUGAGUUUGAAGAAAAUGGUUAUUUUCCCGAUAACAUUUUGCAGAAAGCCUCGGCAUGGUACUUGGCGACCUACGGAGAGCAAGGAGAAGAUGAAGUCCAGGUAACUGCUUCGUCUACAAAUCCAAAUCAGCAACAAGAGAAAGAACAACACCAGAAAAGAUUACUCAGCUUUCCAUGGGUGGUGGACCGUAUCCUAGCAAAUAUCAAAACAGCUAAGAAAGAAGAGAGGGAGAGGGAUGGAUCCCAAGCACAACAUGCCAUGGGUGCAGUCGGUGACCUCAUAACAGAUCAAGCAGCUUACUUUUUUAGUAGGUUCAAAUCCGAGCUAGGUGAAACUCGGGAGGUUCAAAUUGAAGAGCGAAAUAAGCUAAAGAAUACGUUAAACCGUCUUAUUGGAGAGGCCCGGGCACCGCGGCUGGCUUUGUUCAACUCAUCACUGACCGGAAUCUCCGUGGGCGACGAACAACAGACCUCUGUUGAGAUUUACGUUCAUCUCAAGUGGAAUGCAUCUGAGAAGGAGCAGUAUGAGUACCUUCAAUGGCUGAGCAGAGUACUUAGCCGAGAGGGUUCUGUCAAGAUGCAAAAACAUCCUGUGGUUCUGCACUUUCAACGCUCUUCUCAAGGUUUCAAUUUAUUGAAGCAGGACUACUACAUUACAGCAGACUCCAACAGAUUCCAAAAGAGUGCUUAUGUUAGUAUGCAGGUUCAGCGGUGUCCUCGACUCCUCCAUUUGCUGCUCGUUUUGAUUCACUGGGGGCGUCGAAGGCACCUCGUUGGGAACUCGAAACGCAGCUUCUUGUCAGAUGAAAAUCUGGCCACUCUUUUUCUCGUCUUUUGUGAAGAAUCUGACUUGAUUAAUAAGCUGAGCGACGAUGAUUUUCAGAAUUUUACAUUACGCCAUCUUGGUUUACCGUCCAGCGCCGAACGAACUGAGGCUGAGAGAGUGUGGAGCAAUGAAGUGCUGGGAGAAUAUUAUCAAGAAAGACUUAAAGGACUCAAAAGUGACAUCACUCCAGGGCAUCUGUUGAUCAGGUUUUUUGAAUAUUACAGUUUAGUGGCAGACGAUGAUGCCCUUCAUAUGCGAAAUGUGAAAAAUCCAGUGAAAAGGAGAGAAACGCUUUGUCCGAACGUUUCUUCGGAAGAAGGUAAUCGCUUUUCCGAUGCUGCUCUUCAUGCGUUCCACGAGCUUGCACAGUGCUGUGGUCUGGAUACCCUUACAGCAGCAACGCACGCUGAGAGCACACGUGAACUGAAAGAAAUGCUGACCAUGCCAAACACGACUUGGGGCGCACUCCGAUUCGCUGAAGAAUUUGUAAGAGUGAAAUUAUCCACACUUACGUCAGCUCAGAUCUCCUUACGACCGGCUCAGACUGGUUACAUUCUUGAGGCCACAGGAAAUUAUCUCACGCUACACACUGUUCAAAAUGAACUGGAGAAGAUCGAAACAACCUGCACGUCGUACAUUUACGACCAUACCGUGAGUGGGGCCAGUCGGUUUCUGUUCUUGGACCAAAAUGGGCCAAAUGAUAUGGUCAAUGUCAAGCAGUUGCAACGAGGGGACUAUGCGCUGAACUUAAGCCCGUUGAAUAGUUUACUAGCGCUCGGCCUCAACGAUGAACGCAGUAGGGAUUUGGCAGAACAGAAUUUACUGAGCUUCAUUUCAUUUCAAAUGGGGGUUUUUAAGCAGGAGUAUCUACCGUACGUUCAUGGUACUGAAAGACUGAUGAUCAGGGCCGAAUUUGGUAGCAUUUAUGUCCAAAAUGCACAAGUUCAUGCACGAAAAGUUGGAGCCGUCGAGGAAAUUCUGAGUCAGACCGCUGAUGCUAAAAACCGGCCUGGGUCGAAUCAGGCCCAAAAACGAAAUUUGAUGACACAUAAAUUCAUACCAGUUUUAGGUGGCGCCGAGAGCUGGACUGCAGCGUUCCCCACUCCCUCUCAAGAAAGUUAUGAAGAGACGUAUACCCUGGGAAUAAAGGAAGGUAGGAACCACACCAAGACCGUUCUUUAUGACAGCGAGUUGCAAUUUUGUGACGUAGACAUCCCUCCUAUUAACUGGGUGGUAGCAGAUGUCAAAGCCCCGCGCCCUGCAGGUAAGAAAUCACGUGAUAUCGAUUUCCGCGUCACCGUCUGUUCCGAAAGAAAACUUGGAGAUGAUAAAGACGAAGUUAUGAGCUCACCCGGUUACGAAAUGUUUAGAACAAAAUCAAUCCUCAGCAAACCAGACGAUACGAGUUUGGAGCUGGCAAGGGACUUCCAAAAGAAAGUUUCUUUUGUCAGACAUGAUAAGACCUCGAUCUACAAAAUCUCGGAUGGAAAUCUGUUCCUUCGAGUAAAGGAAGUAGUGAAAUAUGACGGAAAAGGUUCGAGGUUUCUUAAACCCUCCAGAAACUUCACAGAAGCUCAAAUAUUUGGAUUCUUCGAUGGUAAAGGUGACUUGGAAGAAGCAAUGAAGGUGUCCAGAGACUUAUGGUCAGCAGUUAAGAGGCUGAGACCACACAUCAUAUAAGCUACUCACUUUUAAGCAGUGAAAAUAUAACACAAGUUUCAGCCUUUUGUAACCGUUGGUUUUUUUCAUGCAAAACCGGAAAAUACUCGUUUUUAUGGCAAUCAAAUCGAUCAAAGUUUUUACUUAUAUCAUUCUGGAGAUUUUUUCCCACGGUGAUUGAAGAAAAGAGUCGUUGACCAACAAUUAUUGAGGCUCUUUAACAGUGAUACGUAAUUAAUAGUCUCAGGUAAACUUUAGGCGUGGGGACGAAUUACGAAAAAUUCGCGCACUUUUAAGGUCGUGUUUCGCUCUUUAAAACUAACGUCUCACUGUUCCUGUUCUAAAAAUUUCAUACCGUGGAUAAUUAUGUGCAAGAAGAAUUUCAACCCUGGGUCUGAUAGUCAUAGAUUAACAAAAUGCACUUCAUAUGACUCGCAUAUGAAUACAAAUCAUAAGCAAAGAGGAACAUCUAUAUAUCUUCAGAAAUUUCCGUCAAAUAAUUUUAAAGUCUCACCGAAGUUUUCAGGCUAGCCUGUAAUAUUAUUAACUGACGUGACUUGGAUGUGUUUCUCUGUAACCCCUAAGGUUGCCUCGUCACUCAGAAAAAAGUUGAAUUAGCUCCGAAAGCCUUUGAGUUCAGAUAUUUCAUUUUUUAAACACAGUCUAUUUGACUGUCUUUUCUGAAGUUGAAUUGGCAAGAUUUCAUUCUCGUAUAUUUUAUUUUUUGAAGCCGAUCUUAAUUAACAAAGUUACAUCUAUUUUAUUCAACUUUUUGAUACCUUUUUACAUUUACAAAACGAUACAAUCAAACAGAAAAUGAGCCUGGAUGUUUUCCAUUAAACUGUGAGUUAUUA